UUUAAUCUUAUUUUUAAAACAGAGCUCCUUAAUACUAUGCUAAAAUAUAAACUGCUGCAUCCCUAACUUACAACCUACAAUAUUAAAUUAUAAAAUUAAGUUCAGUUCGUACAAUUUGGUUGGGACAUGCGCCGAAACAACUUGUCAUUUUGAGCAAUGAGGGAAUAAUAAAGCUUAGUGUUUUUUUUUUCUUUUCGCGACUUUUGUUUUCAUAGUGUAAACUGAAUUGGUUACUAUUCCAUUUGUUUGUAUUAAGUUUUUGUGUUUGAUUAUUUUAUUCGCAAUCUGUUGUUUUAUUGUUUAUGUAAUAAUGGCUGCCGGUUGUUGUGGUGCUAAGAAACAGAAGUUGAACAAUCAUUCAAGUGCUUGCUGCAAUGGAAAUGGGACCAUUAUACAGCAUCACAAUUACCAACCUAAUAUAUUUAAAAAUGGUGUUGUUGUUUGUGUAGAAAUGUGCUUCUUUUGUUUUGAUGUAUUGUAUUGCCAUUUAAAUCAAUAUGAUCCACCCAAGACUCCUAGUUUUCCAAAUGAUAGUUACCCUUUGUUUGUCACAUGGAAGAUAGGGAAAGAUCGAAGGUUGCGAGGAUGUAUAGGUACUUUCAAUUCUAUGAAUUUGCAUUCAGGUCUUAGAGAAUAUGCUGUAACAAGUGCUUUUAAAGAUAGCAGAUUUAGUCCAAUUACUAGAGAUGAGUUUGGUAAACUGCAUGUCUCUGUUUCCAUAUUAAGGCAUUUUGAAGAAGGAGAAGAUUAUAUGGAUUGGGAAAUUGGUAUCCAUGGAAUUCGAAUAGAGUUUACUACGGAGAAGGGUUCAAAACGAACUGCUACAUAUUUACCAGAAGUUGCUUCUGAACAAGGGUGGGACCGCAUCCAAACUAUUGACUCUCUGCUACGAAAAGGUGGCUACAAAGGAUCGAUCAGCAGCGAUGUGCGAAAAUCCAUCCGGCUUACCAGAUACCAGAGUGAGAAACUCACGGUGAGCUAUCCUGAGUACAAAGAGUAUUGGAGGAGCAGAAAUUGUUGACGCUACGCCUGACAUAGCAGAAGAAUUAAAAUAAUUGCUCAGUUUAGUAUCAAAAUUAAAAUACAUCACUGAAUCCUUUUUUUUUUUUUUUUUUUCUAUCAUGUUUCCAAAUUUCACUUAAUAGUGGUUUACUAAAUUGUGAGCAGGGCUUAUUUAUCACAAAUCUGUAUGCAGCACUACAUAGGUGCCACUCUUCAGUCCUAAGAACUGAAAUCAGUCUUGAAAAAAAGUCAGUAGUCCAAACUCCAAUUAAGAUCUAUUUUCAAUUUGUUCUUUUAAUUAAUUAUUCAAAAACUUUUUUUUCUUAAAAAAUUUUUAACAAAUUUUCUGUUAAAAAUAAAUUUUAAAAAAUUACUCUUUUUCAUAAUUAUUGCUGCAUUCUCCUUGUCAUGUUUUGAAAUGCUAGGGAAAGUUGAAUUAAUUUUUUUUUUAAUGAAUUUUAUCUACCUAAGAUAAUGAUGAAGUAAAAAAUAAGUAGAGAUCUGAAUAGCUCCAAGAUAUUUAUUCAGUGAUUAAUGCAAAAUGAUAUAGUAAGUUAACUGUUUUAUUUUUUUGUUUGCUGCAAAAAUAGACAAAUAAAAUGAGGAGGAAUAAAUAUUUUAUUUUUAAAAAAAAUGGACUAGUCAUUGAUAUAAUAUAAGGGCUAUUCUUGUGAAAAGGUACAUUUUACAGUCAGUGAGCUAUUAAUUUCUGAAAAUUCUGCUAAACAAUGCUAGUAUGUUACUUGGUAAAAAAAAAAGUUUCUGUGUUUGCAUUUUUUUUUUUAGUUCCACCAUUGUUACUACAUUGUAAGUCGGGCUUGUUUAUUACAAAUCUGAUUGCAACAAUCAUUUACUAAAUUCUGAAAAGGAUUUGUUUAUCACAAAUCUAUGUUUUGAUGUUCUGGUAAACUGAAAAUAGAAGAAAUAAAUUAAGGAACUAUAAAUUUGUUUUAAAAUUUUAUUAAAAUAUACAUUCAGAUAUGAAAUACAGUAGUCUAUGGCGAGUUUCUCCCAGUAACACUUAAUAAAAUUCACUAUCUAACAAACUAGUUGCUUUUCAGUGAAUUUUUUGGGCUUUUAUUGUUUUUGAUUUGCGUGACUUUCUAAGAACAUGAACGGGUGUGCCCAUUUCUGUACACACCACUCUCAUUACACAUGGCAGUUGAAUUCUAUGUAAAGGGAAAUUACCCAUUUCAUACUUUCUUAUGUAAUAUGCAUAGUUCUUCCUAGACUAAAUAAGGGCCAGUGAUUCUUUGCAGGAAAGGGCAUUUUGAGUUUUGAAAGGGCACUCUCUUAACACCGUAAAAAUUUAUUAAAAUGUGUAAUGUGUAAUAACUGCUUUUUAUCCUAAACCCUUUUCAAGUUACCAUCUAAUACUAUUUUAUGUAUAUAUUUCAAAACUAAUUUUAUCUCAUCAUCUGAAUAAGAGGAAAAUUUGUAGUUUAUAAUUAAUAAUGCUAAGUGAAAAUCUCUAUGCAUAACUUUU